UCAUUUCUUUCUUUUCCCUCCCAAAAUCUUCCUUACAUUUCCCGCUGUUUCUCCUUCACUUCUUCCAGAUGCAGAAACAGAAAAUGGGGAAACAAAGCAAAUCGCGAAAGACCGAAAACAUUGGCAAAGGAAAGGUUACUCCUGUACAAAUUGCUUUCAUCGUCGACCGCUACCUCUCGGACAACCGUUUCACUGAAACCCGAUCCACUUUUCGAUCCGAAGCUUCCCAUCUUCUCGCCAAGUCUCCCAUCAAUGAGGCGCCAAGGAGUUUAUUGAGUUUAGGAGAUAUGUUGGAUGAGUACAUAAGUUUGAAAGAGCAAAAAGUGUUCUUGGAUCAAGAAAAAUGUAGACUGGAUCAUGAAAAGACACGGGUUCAGAAUUUACUAAGUGGGAUGCAACAUGUUAUGAAUGCAUAUAAUGCUAGUACAAAUCUGACACCUCCUUCCUCAAUUGCUGCUGCUGCUGCUCCUUCAAUGCCCAAAAUGGGUGCUUUGCCAAGCAUAGUUAAUGGAUCUUCCCCAGUAACCACAGGUUAUUAUUCUACAUACAAAACUGCAGCACUGAUGUCAGCACCAGUGCCUUCAAACACUGCUCCGGAUACAACGAAAUUCUCUACUCCAAAUUCCAUUCCAUCAACUUCAAAAAGAAAAGGCAUCAAAGAUGUUUCUGCAGCUCCAAUAACUGCCAAGAGAUCUCGUAAACACUUGAUCACUAACCAGUUGUCACUUAAAGAUCCGAGUACAGAGUCACAACCAACCAGUGUUGAUAAACACAACAACAAUGUGAAUAGUUCUGCAGUUCAAUUACCAGAUCUUGCAACUGCAUCUGAUAAGUCACCAGUUCAAGGAUCAAAUGUUGUUAAGUCUUUGUUCAAUCAGCCUAGUCAGUCCCCUCCAACUAAUUCUUCUGGCCCUAAAACACCACCAAGAGCAUCUUCAUCCCAAACUGACAAAUCUAUCUCUCCAUUGGAAGUUUGUUCAACUGCUACUUCCAGCAAAAAUGUUACACCAUCUCGUGUAACAGCCACAAACUGCACAAUCAUCUCGUCAGAAACAAUUCGAGUGACCCCUACCAAACAAAUAAUUUACUCCAUAGAAAGAAAUCACUGCAUUUCAACAUCCUCACCAGUAAAGAGCAACCUGAAGAGGCCUAUUAAGCGAGAUCAAGUAAAAAGUAGGUUGGACUUUGAUGCCUCCGAUAACAUCCCAUGUAAUUCAGAAAUGGCAUCUGGCUCUGACAUGAUUUCUACAUCUGAAUCUGAGAAAGAAGGAGACAUUUUUGACUUAGAUUUGCCUAAUUUAGAUGCUUUAGGGGUGGAUUUUAAUCUUUCUGAACUACUAGUUGAUUUUGACCUUGAUGGAGAGGGGAUUGAUUAUUGUUGCCAGCAAACAUUGGAUUCUUCCCCAGAUUCUUUUUCAGGGUCACCUCAUGAGUCAGGAAAUGUCAAUGUUGAUACAACCCAGAUGACCUCUCACAUUUCAUCUACAGUUACUGAAGUCUUUUCAGAGCAAGACAUGAAUUUACUAGGUUCAGAUUCCAUGACCACUAUGAAAUCAGUUACCAAAUGCAUCAAAAUUUUAAGUCCUGUUAAGAGUAUCGGAAGCUUGAGGGAUUAGGAGUAUUUUGUGCAACAGAUCGACUGAACGCUUACACUGAUGACUACCGAGGCUGAAAUGCCAUAAUUGAUCACAGUUGACUGGAUUUAUGCAAACGCAACAAAUUUUCCAAACUAGUUUCACAUAUUAACUGUCCAUUAGCAAAAUGGUGUAUGUGCGUUGGGUCAGGAUUUAUUUCCAUAGAAUUAACAGCAGCAGUCCUAGUUAGAUUGUUGAUUAUAUAUAGCUUAUGGUUAACCAUCAGGAAUUUGUAUAAAUUUAUUAGACAUGAACAAACUUAUAGCAAAUUUUAUUA